GCAAUGGCAAACAGCUGCUGUUCCCAAACAGUGGGGAGUGUGAAACGAGGAGUUGCUUCUUCCUGGACACCUGACCUUUGCUCACUCUGGGACAGUCUGCUGCUAUGGCAGACCCCCCUGGCUGCUGCUCUGCCUGUGCCACCUGCCUGCUCUGCCCCUACAGCUGCCAGUGGAUCACUGCCAAGAAGGAGAAGAGGAAGGGCCUGAGAACCACUAAGUAUGACUGCAGCUGGUUCAUUUUCCUCUUCUGCGUCUUCCUCUUCACAUUGGUGUGGCUCUACUUCGCUAUCAUCAUCCUCAAUGAUUUCCACAACUUCAAUGAGUUCAUCUUCAGGCAGAGGAAGCUGUGGCUAGACUGGUCCCUGGUCCUGCUCAUAGCUACGGCUGUGCUGAUCAGCUACUCGUCUGUGCUGCUGGUCCUGGCUUUGUGCUUGCAGCUCUGUGGCCAGCCCUUGAAGCUUCACUGGGUGCACAAGGUCCUGCUGAUCCUUACUGCCCUGGUGGUGGCUGCAGCCUUCACAGGGCUGGGAGUAAAGUGGGCGGAGGAGUGGAAAAGUGCGCGUAUCUCCCUGCAGGCAACAGGUCCUUUUCUGCACAUUGGAACUGUGGGGGGAAUGACGCUCCUUGCCUGGCCCCUGGCCAGCUUCAUCUACCGCACCCGCAGUGCAGGUCUCAGGGUGUUUCUGCUGCUCGUGUACUGUGCAGCGAUGAUUGCAUUAUACCUGGCUCCCCUGGGAAUCACCUCCCCUUGCAUCAUGGAGGAGAACCAGCUUCCCCCCAAGCCAGCCCUAGUUGGCCAUCGAGGAGCACCCAUGCUGGCCCCUGAGAACACCCUCAUGUCACUCCACAAGGCGGUGGAAUGCGAUGUGCAAGUCUUUGAGACAGACGUCAUGGUGAGUGCUGAUGGGGUCCCAUUCCUCAUGCAUGAUGAGGAACUCACCAGGACCACCAACGUGCAGGCUGUGUUCCCUGAGAGGGCUGCCCUGAACAGCACUGCCUUCAACUGGACAGACCUCCAGCAGCUGGAUGCUGGCAGCUGGUUUCUAGAGCGGAGACCAUUUCCCACUGUGCAGAGUCUUUCCCCUGGUGAUCGCAAGGAGGCAGCUAAACAGAGGAUCCCGUCCCUGGGACAGGCUCUAGAGGCAGCCAAGCAGAGCAACAUCUCCAUCAUGUUUGACCUUCGGCCUGAGAACCACAGUGACUACCAGAACUUUGUCAACGUCACCCUGGGAGUGAUUCUACAGUCAGGCAUCCCACUGCAGCAGGUCCUCUGGCUUCCAGAUGGGUUCAGGGAAGACGUAAAACAGCAGGCCCCAGGUGUCCAGCACGUCUAUGGCCGGAAGAGACUCGAGAACGAGAAGGAGCCAGAGCUGCACGUCAAUCUGCCCUACCAGGACAUGAGCUCUGAGGAGAUCAGGCAGUACCGCCAGGACAACAUCUCGGUCAACUUGUAUGUGGUGAACCAGCCCUGGCUCUUCUCAGUCCUGUGGUGCUCAGGGGUGAGCUCUGUCACCACCAACGCCUGCCAGGUGCUGAAGGAAAUGAAACACCCCAUCUGGCUGCUUCCCAGCAGCACAUACUUCAUGAUCUGGAUCGUUGUAGACUGCGUUUCCUUCCUUAUCAUCAUCUGGGCCUUCGUCUUGAUGAAGAAAUGUUCCCACAGAAGACGGCCGGCGGAGUCUGAGACGGAUGUGCUGCUCACAAAGAUCAACAGCUUGAUGCAGGAGUGAUCCCUCUUGCUUGUCAGCCGUGGGGAGAGGCAGCCAGAGCCCUGUACAGCAGGGAGCACUCCUCAGGCCAGCUUCGAGGCUCCUUUCCUUUUCAGACUCCUUCCUGAGCCUCCCUUCUACCGUGGCCUUCCUGGCUCCUUUCAUGGUGCUCAGCUGCCCUCAGCUGAAAAGACUUGGAACUGAGUUGUCAUUUCCCACUGGUAGCGGGGAACUAAAGCUUUGCAGGGGUGGCCUAGGGGCAGAAUACUUACCCAGCAGUGCUGGAGCUGAGACCUCUCCCUUGGGGUUUGGACAGGAGCAGGGAUUUGGGUUGCUCUUUGGUGCAGGGGAAGGGCUGUCUGUGCCUGUUGUCAGCACCUCUGCAGCCCGUGAUGGGACACCUGGUUUAAGGGCUGUUCCCUUGGGGGCUGCCCUGUCCCGCGGCUUGAGGAAUAGGGAGCGGGGUGUGGAGUGGCUUUUCACACAACAAAGGGGAAGCCGAGCUCUUCACCGUGCCAUCCUGGACAGAAAUCCUGUCCCUGCUGCUGCUGGCUUCAUGUUCACGGGACAGGGUCCUGGCACUCCAAGCAGCAGUUAAUGCCUGUUGCUCAGGAGACAAGGCUGGGGGUGGUGGGUGUCAGGGGCUGGCAAGACCGCGCUCACGCUCCUGCUGCUGCUGCAGGGCAGCAGAGGGAGCGGUGGGACUCGGCAUCGGUCACGUUGCAGCAGGGCCUUGAACAGGGA